AUGAAGUUCACGUUGCCUGAAAACGCCUUCCCGGAGUUGAUUCUAUCAACGGAACAGCAGCAAGAAUUGAUCGACGAAGCUGAGACGGUGGUGCGUGAUACUCUGGCAGCAAACGAAGCCUUCCGCGCUGAUGGAGCCACAUUCAAAGACCCGCGCUGGAAAUUGGUCCGCGCAAAAGACGGACUAAAUGUGUAUCACCACCAACUGGCGAGACCAAAAAGCUCUCGGAAGUUCAGAAGACCACGCUUCAAGAGCUCCUUCUCGCCCGUAAUCCUGACCGAAUCGCACGUGACGGAUCCCACAGGGGCCAGUACGUGCGAUGUCGAACUAUCCUCGUCAGAAUCGGGAGAGGAAAUGCGUCGUCCUGCAGGGUUUCAGAUGAUUCUUCACGGAACCGUGGACGGCAAGUUGGAUGACGCGAUGUUUGGGACCUUUGCAGCCACGAACCAGGCCUGGAUGUGGCGUAGUUCCCAUAUCAACGACCGUCUGGACGACGCACGCGUGCUAGCAACUAUUAGAGGACCCACAAAAGAAGACCCAUUUCGGUUUUUGGGCGUCAAAUGGUUCGUCAAAGAGCGUCCUGCUGUGCUUACGGGUCUGGUUCAACAGCGAGACUACCUCAUCCUCGAAGCUACGGGGCUUACGGUGGACUCUAAAGGCGAGAAAGUGGGCUAUUACCUCAUGCAUUCCAUCAGACUGCCUCGAAUGGUACCGGAAUUAAACGAAUUGGGUCUUCUACGAGGAGAUUUGAGUCUUUGUUUCAUCGAUCGCCAACGCGGCAAAAAUAAAGUGGAAAAGUAUUGCCGCAGUUUCAGCGACCCUCGAGGUAAAAUCAUCGAUCGUGUGGCUGUUGCAGUCACAGCCGAGUCCCUGAUCUGUGCUGCUAGUAUCGUCGACUACGCGUAUAUCAAAAAAUUGACGUGGCUGAUGAAGCACAAGGGCGACCAAAGUGCAUCAAAUGAACACCACUUUCGACGGGAUGCUGGACCGCGACCCAAAUGUUGCGAAAGCUGCGGCAAAAGUUUCGCCAAAUUUUCGCUUUCGAGCGCUGGAACGGGAGCAGAUUGCCAGAUAUGUCGACGCGUAGUUUGCAGUAAAUGCAGCGUCGUUAAGAAGAUGACCGUGGACGUAUCCGAUACUGGAGCUGUGAAGCAGUGCGCAUUACGGUUCUGUCUUGAGUGUCUGCAUGAAGCCAGGGAGAAGUGUGUGUGGGAAAUGGCUCUAACUGGAGUUGACACCGCUUCGGAGACUUCGUCGGCGUCGGGUUCAGCGAGAUCAGGGCCACACAGAUAAAAGCGAGUAAAGUGAACGGGUUUAAUCAUAAAAGCAUUAAAAAUUGUUUUAAAAAAUUUAA